CAACAAAAAAAAAGUGAAGUUUGAAAAUAUAGUGUUAGGGGGGAACAAAUCCGUAUCGUGUUGGAUCAAUGAUAUCCCAAAAAAAGGGAGUUGAGUGUAUUGGCAGAGGAGUAAUGGCAUUGUCAGUGUUGCUUGGCGUUCCUUCACUUUACUACUAGUAUAAGAGGAGCCAAAAAAAUAGAACUUGUUACGUAAACUUGGAAGAGGUGCAUUAAAGGCCAUAUUAAAGAGGAGAGAGAAAGUUUUUAGUUGUGAAGAAGCAAUUUUACACAAGUUAGCUAAGACAUAGACACUAUUGAGUAUUGACUACCUCAACAAGAUUGUAAACAUAUAUAAUACUUUGGGGUGGGUGGGAAAUCUAUAAUCUAUAUGAUCUGAAGAUAAUAAUCAUGCCUACAAUUUCAAGUGUUUUAUCAAGCUUUCCAUUAACGAAGGCCAAGGCUCAGGCUCAGGCUCAGGCUCAGGCUCAGGCUCAGGCUCCUUGGAAGUUAUUACUGAUGAGAAGAGGAUUAGUCGACAACACCACAAAUUUUGGAGCCAUUUCAGCUUCCCAAAUAUCAAGAUUGCAAGUUAAGGUAGAUAAUUUCCAAGACCCUUUCAAGAUCAACGAUUUUGGGAAGAGCGUGGAUGUGGAUGAUAUUGAUGAAUUGGGCAAAAGGAGGUAUAAUGAAGAUGAGCAUGUGGUGGGACAAAAUUUCUUGGUUAGACUGUAUGAGCUUGAUAUCCAUCAAAAGGCAUCCUUGGAGGCUUUGUUAAACUAUACACAGGAAACUGGUUUGAACCUAUUUCAAAGUUCAGGACUAGUGGUAGAAGGGUUUGGUGUGUCAAAGGAGAUGACUAGUCGAAACCUAAUCUGGGUCAUUGGAAGAAUGCAAGUUCAAGUCAAUUCUUAUCCUUCAUGGGGAGACAUUGUUGAAGUGGAGACAUGGUGCUCAGGCUUAUCAAAACAUAGUCUGACUUGUAGCUCCAACCUAACAAAUGCAAAUACUGGAAAGAAGAUCAUGCGAGUUGACAGUGAAUUUGUGAUGAUUAAUGAGAAAACAAGGCGGCUAUCAAAAAUUCCAGAGGAGAUCAAAGCUAAAGGAGAUCCUUAUGUGAGAGAUUAUCUUCAUCCCCUCCUAACUGUUAAUAAGCAUGACAAGCUUAGGAGAUUACAUAAACUUGAUGAAGAUAAAGCGGAUUAUAUUCUAAGAGGAAUUAAGCCUUUAUGGUUCGACUUGGACCCCAAUCAGCAUGUGAAUAAUGUCAAGUAUAUAAGCUGGAUUCUUGAGGGAACCCCAGAAGAAGUGAGGGAAAACUAUGAACUAGCGGCGAUAACAUUGGAGUAUAGAAGAGAAUGUGGGAGAGAAAGUGUGCUACAAUCACUCUCAGGUGCAUCCAAUGAAGUUCCUCAUGAAUUUCAUCAUUUACUUCGUCUCGAAAAUGGGAGUGAAGUUGCAAGGGCUAGAACCUUAUGGAGGAGCUCCAAUGAAUAUUGUUAGUGGAUAAUACUUCCUUGGUUUUAGGUACUAGUUUGCUAGUUUUAGUGUGGGCAGUGGAGAGAUAUCUAUCCACGUUAUUAUUAGUAGCAGUUGCUUAUUUUCUAGGAUUUUAGUUUUAUUGAGUUAACUUGCUACCUCUAGUUAAGGCUAGUUGUAAUCAUCUUAUGAAUUGAAUUGAAUUGAAUUGAAUUGAACACGAGCAUGUUCUUGUUUC